UCCAGCCGCGAGCUGUCAGGCGGGUGUCAGACCCGGCAGGUACGCGGCGCGUUCCCCCGGCGCCCCCCGCCCCGGCCGGGUGGUCCCGCACCCCACCGAGGCCGCGUGGGCCGGAAAGCCGCCAGGGAAGGCUCCCCAGAGGUCCAGCUUAGCCACUAAGCACCAUGUCGGACAGCGAUCUAGGCGAGGAUGAGGGGCUCCUGUCACUGACCGGCAAGAGGAAGCGCAGAGGGAACCUGCCCAAGGAGUCAGUAAAGAUCCUCCGGGACUGGCUCUAUCUGCACCGCUACAACGCCUACCCCUCAGAGCAGGAGAAGCUAAGUCUCUCUGGACAGACCAACCUCUCGGUGCUGCAGAUAUGUAACUGGUUCAUCAAUGCCCGGCGUCGUCUUCUCCCUGACAUGCUUCGGAAGGAUGGCAAAGACCCUAAUCAGUUCACCAUCUCCCGUCGUGGGGGUAAGGCCUCAGAUGUGGCUCUCCCAAGGGGCAGCAGCCCCUCUCUGCUGGCUGUGUCAGUUCCAGCCCCCACUAACAUGCUCUCCUUGUCUGUGUGCUCCAUGCCACUCCACUCAGGCCAAGGUGAAAAGCCAGCAGCACCCUUCCCACAAGUGGAGCUGGAAUCCCCCAAGGCCCUGGUGACCCCUGCUAGCACACUCACCCUGCUGACUAGGGCAGAGGCUGGAAGCCCCACGGGUGGACUCUUCAAUACGCCACCACCCACACCCCCAGAGCAGGACAAGGAUGACUUCAGCAGCUUCCAGUUGCUGGUGGAGGUGGCGCUGCAGAGGGCUGCUGAGAUGGAGCUUCAGAAGCAGCAAGAGCCAGCCCCACCUUUGCUACACACUCCGCUGCCUCUCGUCUCAGAAAACGCCAAGUAGGCACCUGCUCCCGGGUGGCUUGAGGUUCCUGGCUCACUGCCCUUUCAUGCAGAGGGUUAUCCAUGUACGGAUCACUGCCAAGCAUCAGGACCAUUCUGUCCAGUCCUCAGCUGAUGUCGCUGCGCUGCACUGUUACGGGGCCUGUACUCUGCUGAGUGCCAUUCCUUCAAGCGUCCUCUCCGAGGAGACCAAGGCACCAGAGCCAGGCAUGGUGUUGCUGCUGCUCCUCCAGAGAGCCCUGGGACACCUGCAAUCCAGCCUGCUUUUCCUAGGCAGGCUCAGGAAAGCUGCCAAGUCCAGACUUGAGCUGGGUCCAAGCCGCCCCUAAGCUGUGCCUCUUUUGGUUGAGCCAGGUGUGCACAUUCCAACCUAUUCAAAGGACAAAGGAAAUGCCCAGCAGAUGUCACAGAACCGACUCCAGUUGAAUGUUUAGAUUUUUGCUAAAUUGUUUUAUUUUCCUUUUGCUGUGGUUUGUGUUAAUGGCAGUAGGUAGCCCAGAAGCACAGGUGUGGGGAGAGCACCUUACACGGUGGGUGGAGCUUGGUAAGUGGGUAAUAUCCCUACCCACAGGAUGAUUGUAUAGGGACCAGCAGGCUCUCUGCAGUCGUGCUGAGUUCAGACUAGAGUGGCUGUUUAAUUCUUGGUUUGGUCUACCCUGUUAUAGAAGACGGAAGGGAAAUACCCACGGGUGGUGGGGUUAUUUGCACCAGACACAGAAGGGGACAAAGC